AUGAAAACGCUUCCCUCUUAUAACGGUGACCUGCUCGAUCCAAAUCUUAAUUCUAACUGCGACAACGGGAAAGAGCUUGCAGACGAGCUGGACUACAUCACAGUGACAAGAACAUUACAAGACGUAGAAUACAACUCAGAACAUAUCGUUGGUAACUCCAUCGACACUCCCCCAUCCUCUGCUGUUCCGACAAACUAUCAUUUACGUCGCCCCGAUAAAGCUUCCCGGGUGUUAGGUAUUCAGCAUAGAAUGUCAAUGGAACCAUUACCUGCGUCGUCUCGUACUUCUAUAAUGUCAGGUCAUACUGCUCGCGGCCCACGCAAAUAUCCGUAUCUCCCUUCAUCGCUUCCUCUCACCUCUCUAUAUGUAGUGUCCGGCCUUCCAAAAUCCCCGUAUACAUGGACUCUGGCUGAUCCAGACUCUGUGUUUGGUUUGCAUCAUACUGAAGGCGCCGUAAACCGUUGGUGGAGACCCGAAGUCCUUGGAAGUACUGUUAGUCCAGGAGCAUGUGGUUCCAGAAAGAAAACGAAGAGUAAUAGGAGUGAUACUGAUCUUCUUAAAGGUGCAGGCACGCUCUCUAAGCAGGAGGUUGGAAAGAUGUUAUCAAAAGCACUGAAGCUAUCUUUCACACGCGAAGUGGAAAUUGUUGCUUCUACAUUGCAGCCCGCAUCUACAGUUCACACAUUUACAUUUACACUCGCCACCCCAGCUACACCAUUGGCACCCACUCAUUCGGGUGAUCUUCUCCGUUCAUCAGUGUUUACUGUCACAGAACACUCCUCGAACGGUGCCUUCGCUUACCCCUUAGGUACUUCUCACGCUCGUCCUGCUUCUCUCGGUGUCCCCUCGAUUUUUGCUCAGGACUCUGUACCAACACCAGUUGCACUAGAUGGUUCGUCCACGCAAGGUCGAGACAGUGGAAAUAGUAGCCCAGUCACUUAUCAUGGCGUGUGCCUCACUGUUUGGUCGCAUGCUGAUACAGAGCGCGCCAUCGCUAUCCGUCGUACUCUAGAGACCGGUCGCUCUCGUAAGGAAAGUGCACAGUCACAUAUUGCGACGAGACUGAGAGUGCUCCAACCUGACAUUUGUCCACCCAAAGUUAGCUUAUCGAAUGGUAAUGGAGGUUUGGGUGAUCCUAUACUGCGUGCCCACAGGAACUCGAGGAGAAGUAAUAAAGGUUUUUGGACAGAUGGAGAGACCGAUGCGGAGACGGAGGGAGAAGGUGCCAUUAGUGAGAGCGAUUUUGAGGUGGCUAGCUCCAUCGGACAUGGACCUGGGGAAAGUACUUUGUUUGUUCCUGGUGAUACUAUUUUCUGGUUGCCGUACGCUCUGACCCUUGUGUCUAGACACCCGGUUUAUGAUCUUAUGCGCGACUACCUCACCCUCUCUUGGGCACGCUUUUCCAAGGAUGUGCAAUCACACACUCUUCAAAUUUCCAAGAUUCUUUCUCACCCCGCCCCUCGCGCAGGUGAUCUCAUUAAACUUGACGCCUCCGCAAAUGAUGAGACUGACUUGGAGGUCAUCGCUCGCUUUCCUGGGGGUCUCGACUUCGGCCGAGGGUUGGUUGAUAUUAAUUUUACUAUGUGGCCUUUGUUCAAGUGCCUUAAUAUUGACCACAUUUUGACGAUCUGUGAGAUAGCGCUUGCACCUACAGGUCGUAUCUUGUUCUUCUCGCGGCACCCCGCAAUGCUCGGUAUUGCCGUUGCAACCGUGAAAUAUCUCGUAGAGCUGCGCGGCUGGAAUGGCAUUGCGCUUGCCGCUAUCCACUCCCGUGACGCGAAGAUCUAUGUCGAUGAUCCCGGUCCGUGGAUCAUGGGUUUAGCUACUGAGGCGCGAUUCAGUAUCAGACCAGGUCCAGAGGUCUGUGUUUGUGACCUAGACAUCAAUUUUCUGAGUUGCCCGUCACCUCCAAAAGGUAUUGUCUCCACCAAACAGCAAAGAGACAGAUAUCGGCAGAAACUCCUCGCUGCCUUCGAGCCCCAUUAUCACCUAGAUCAUAGUGUGCCGAGUGAAUUCAAGGAAGCUUUUCCAGCAGGGCGUUUCAGACCCGUUUGCAAGAUCCAGGCGAAACGUGGUGCAGAGACAGCUGCUAUCGCAGAUACCAUAAAGCCCCCAGAAUGGUGGCAUUCAACCAGGAUUAUUCAAGCUUUCGAUGCUGUCUUGCAGGACAAGCUUAAGAAACCAUCAAUUUUCAAGCGGAUCAGUUCUUUUAACAUGGUCAAACAUCCUCCACAACUCACCCACGCUGAGCAACUCAUUCAGUAUUCUAUUCGCAAGCGCGCCACGGCGUUCGUGGAUGCUCGAGAUGACCUUGAAACGAAGAUAGGUCGCCUAUCACGACGACUAAAUUUCCUAAUGUCGGAAUCCGAUUUAUGGCGCGACAAAUUUGUCACUUUUGAACAUUAUGCUGAAAAAUUAAGUGUGGAGGCUAGUGACUUAAGGACGAAGAUUAACAGGGAACAGAAGGAGACUAAAAGAUUGAAUGGUCUCGUUACACUCACUACUUCCGAAAAGGCAAAUUUGCAGAAUCAACUGCACUGUACCGAACUGGCUCACCAGGAAGCGCUGCGUGAGCUGGGAAAUAUGAAAGACUUGAUGGAGACGAUGGAACACGAGAGAGCAGAAAUGGUUGCUGAGGUAGAAGCACAAAUCGAACGUGCAUUAGCUUCCAUGGCCGUGGAUUCAGAUGAAUCUGACUACAACACCGAAUCGCGACCUGGAAGUCGCUUAUCCUCGCUUUCGGACGUCGACUGCCGGAGGCAUCGCUCCGUGGGUACCGAGUCGGCGUUCGUCAAUGUUCCCGAGGUUAAAGAGGAAAUCAAUUCCUUCAAGUCCCAAAAGGGCAACAGGAGUAACGAAGAAAUGGUAGAAAGAACUCUUCCUGAGACUAAGCGGUUUUCGGCAACCCAGUCAGAGUUAGUGCAAGAUGGGAUGAUGGCAGUAGAUCAGGGUAUCAGCGAACAGAGCGAUCGGAUCGCUCAGAAAGUGAAACAAAUUCAACAAAAGCUGGAGUCGGCAUUGAUAACUGAAGCUAGGUAUUUGAGUACUGAAGACGACGAGGAAAUCGCCGCAGAUCUCAUGUUGCCACAGGAAGCUGCCAAUAUCAGGAGAAGGCGUGACACAGUCACUUCAAUGCAAACAAUUAGCACCACACACCAAUCAUGCGAAACCAUGCUUAUGGAUAUGAAUGGAGUACAGCCCCCAUCUCAUUCUGGAGGGGGGCUCUGCGCUCGUAAAGAUUUGACUAAUAGGCACUCUGCUACUUCGUUGUCGAAGGAGCUACAUAGAGUCUCUUUGGGUGGCUCUCUGUGCGGUUCUCGGACAAACUCGCAUCACAGAGGGGUCUCUACAUCACCUACUGUAACUCCAGCUAUAUCCACGGAUGAUUCGGAUGAAUUUCGGAGUGCCUAUUCGACCAGUUCGCGAGAUAGUGAUGGCAGCUGCCUUGCUCCCUUGAUUCCCAAUAAUCAAAAUACCGAACAUGGCUCGACCCCAUCCUAAGUCCUAUACGUUCCCGAACGAAGAGUAUUCAAGACACCUUGGUCUUCAGAUAGUGUAUAGUCUAUUACUUUUCCCUGAGGCUUACGUACCCUUGCUUCAUAUAUCCAGUUGAUACUAUAGUUGGAUAGCAAUUGAAAUUGAUACAGAAGUGAAAACACCUUUUUCAAAGAACCCUGCAAAUUGCAACCAUAGGGCCUCCUUCAAUAUCUCUUGGAUAAUGCUAGGACUUGCUGUCGUAAAAUGCAGUGU